CCCCGCGGCUCGACACCGAGUUGUAAAAAGGGAACUUGGCAGACUGUGCUUCCUGUGUGCUGAACCCGAAAGCAGGAGAGAGACCAUGGCGUCCCGUGCAAGGCAAACUGUCCUCGUUCUCCUGUCAGUGCUGAGUGUCUGUGCUGCUGCUGACCCACAAGCACCUGAAGUUCACACGGAGCUCGGGAACCUGAGAGGUGAGUAUGUGAGUGUGAAGGGGAAGGAGCCCGGGGUCCACGCCUUCCUGGCUGUCCCGUUUGCCAAGCCACCCGUAGGCCCUGCUCUGAGACUGGCUGCACCCCAGCCUGCAGAGGCAUGGGAGGGAACGAGAGACGCUACCAAGCAGCCGCCCAUGUGUGUUCAGAAUAGACAGAUGCUUAUAGAUCUGCUGGCUAUAUUAAACAUGGGGGUGGCACAUGUCCCAGACAUUUCAGAAGACUGCCUCUACCUCAACAUCUACACCCCUGCAAACAGAGCUCCAGAUGCCAAGCUCCCGGUCAUGGUCUGGAUCCAUGGCGGAGGGUUUACUCUGGGGUCAACCUCAGAUUACGAUGGCUCCGCCCUGGCUGCUUACCAGGAUGUGGUCGUAGUUUUGAUCCAGUACCGCUUGGGAUUCCUGGGCUACCUCAGCACUGGAGAUGAGCACAUGUCCGGGAACUUUGGCUUGUUGGACCAGGUUGAAGCUCUGAGAUGGACCCAGAAGCACAUUCACAACUUUGGCGGAGACCCAAAUUCAGUAACGAUAUUUGGGGAGUCUGCUGGUGGAGUGAGCGUGUCCCUCCUGCUCCUCUCACCAUUAGCCAAAGGCCUGCUCCACCGUGGCAUCGCUGAGAGCGGCACUGCCGCAAUGGAUGAACUCUUGAUGAGUGAUCCUCUUCCAGUGGCACAGAUGGUAGCAAAUAUAUCUGGCUGUAGCCUGGAAAGCACAGAGAAGAUCAGCCACUGCUUGAAAAACCUCGACUUCGAUUCUGUUCUGACUAUUGCAAAGAUGGAAACCUUGAGAAUUGGUGUAACCAUUGAUGGACACUUUCUCACUAAAACUGUGAAUGAGAUUUUCCUGGAAAAGGCAUUUCCCACUCUGCCUUUAAUGACCGGUGUUAAUAAUGAUGAAGGUGGCUGGGUACUUCCAAGUUUCAUGGCUCCUCCAAACUGGACUGAGGGAUUAGAUCGGGAGCAAGUGGUCAACAUAGUCUCCCUGUUUUACAGUGAUCCCAAAACUGCAAUCAAAAGAGAUAUAAUUUUAGAGAAAUACAUCGGAACCGGUGAAGAUCGAGUGAAAAACAGAAAUGGAUUCACUGAGUUGCUGGGAGAUUUUUUAUUUACCGUUCCAGCUAUCAAGACUGCUAUGGCCCACAGAGAUGCAGGCGCCCCUGUUUACCUGUAUGAGUACCAGCAUGCUCCCAUUGCCCUGAAGGCAAAAAGGCCGAGUUUUGUCGGGAGUGACCAUGGAGAUGAAAUCUUCACAGCAUUAGGAUUCUGUUUCACAACCACCUAUUUCAAAUUAUUUGAUAAAUGCCCAGAAGAGGAGGAAGAGUUCAGCAGAAUCAUGAUGAGCUACUGGGGCAACUUUGCUCGUACAGGUUCUCCUAAUGGGGACGGCCUUGUUCACUGGCCUAAGUAUGGAGCAGAAGAAGAAUACCUGUCGAUUGCACUGAAGGAGCAGAAACCUGCUCGGCAGCUGAAGAAGGAGCGGUUCGUCUUCAUGACUCAGACCCUCCCAGAAAAGCUCCGACGAUACGCAGAGCAGAUGGAGCCACCUGAAGUUCACACGGAGCUCGGGAACCUGAGAGGUGAGUAUGUGAGUGUGAAGGGGAAGGAGCCCGGGGUCCACGCCUUCCUGGCUGUCCCGUUUGCCAAGCCACCCGUAGGCCCUGCUCUGAGACUGGCUGCACCCCAGCCUGCAGAGGCAUGGGAGGGAACGAGAGACGCUACCAAGCAGCCGCCCAUGUGUGUUCAGAAUAAACAGACGCUUAUAGAUCUGCUGGCUAGAGUCGACAUGGUGGUGGCACAUGUCCCAGACAUGUCAGAAGACUGCCUCUACCUCAACGUCUACACCCCUGCAAACAGAUCUCAAGAUGCCAAGCUCCCGGUCAUGGUCUGGAUCCAUGGCGGAGGCUUUACUAUGGGGUCAGCCUCAAUUUACGAUGGCUCCGCCCUGGCUGCUUACCAGGAUGUGGUCGUAGUUUUGAUCCAGUACCGCUUGGGAUUCCUGGGCUGCCUAAGCACUGGAGAUGAGCACAUGUCCGGAAACUUUGGCUUGUUGGACCAGGUUGAAGCUCUGAGAUGGACCCAGAAGCACAUUCACAACUUUGGCGGAGACCCAGAUUCAGUAACGAUAUUUGGGGAGUCUGCUGGUGGAGUGAGCGUGUCCUUCCUGCUCCUCUCACCAUUAGCCAAAGGCCUGCUCCACCGUGGCAUCGCUGAGAGCGGCACUGCCGCAAUGGAUGAACUCUUGAUGAAUGAUCCUCUUCCAGUGGCACAGAUAGUAGCAAAUAUAUCUGGCUGUAGCCUGGAAAGCACAGAGAAGAUCAGCCACUGCUUGAAAAACCUCGACUUCGAUUCUGUUCUGACUAUUGCAAAGAUGCAAACCUUGAGAAUUGGUGUAACCAUUGAUGGACACUUUCUCACUAAAACUGUGAAUGAGAUUUUCCUUGAAAAGGCAUUUCCCACUGUGCCUUUAAUGACCGGUGUUAAUAAUGAUGAAUGUGGCUGGUUACUUCCAAGUUUCAUGGCUCCUCCAACCUGGACGGAGGGAUUAGAUCGGGAGCAAGUGGUCAACAUAGUCUCCCUGUUUUACAGUGAUCCCAAAACUGCAAUCAUCAAAGAUUCGAUUUUAGAGGAAUACAUCGGAACCGGUGAAGAUCGAGUGAAAAACAGAAAUGGACUCACUGAGUUGCUCGGAGAUGUUUUAUUUAACGUUCCAGCUAUCAAGACUGCUAUGGCCCACAGAGAUGCAGGCGCCCCUGUUUACCUGUAUGAGUACCAGCAUGCUCCCAUUGCCCUGAAGGCAAAAAGGCCGAGUUUUGUUGGGAGUGACCAUGGAGAUGAAAUCUUCACAGCAUUAGGAUUCUGUUUCACAACCACCCAUGUCACAAUACUUGAUAAAUGCCCAGAAGAGGAGGAAGAGUUCAGCAGAAUCAUGAUGAGCUACUGGGGCAACUUUGCUCGUACAGGUUCUCCUAAUGGGGACGGCCUUGUCCACUGGCCUAAGUAUGGAGCAGAAGAAGAAUACCUGUCGAUUGCAAUGAAGGAGCAGAAACCUGCUCGGCAGCUGAAGAAGGAGCGGUUUGUCUUCAUGACUCAGACCCUCCCGGAGAAGCUCCGACGAUACGCAGAGCAGAUGGAGCGCGGCGAGCUGUAGAAGAGUCCGCUCUCCUAUCUCCAUUCCAUCCACUUUUUAAUCAGUAACCACAAACAAGUAUGUGAGAUAUACUAUGAGACAUUUGUGAAGGUUAGAAAUAAAAAUUCUAAACAACUGAAAAA